AUGAUUCUCUCACGAUCCAUGUCUUGUAGAACUAAUUUGAACUUGGCGGAUGAUCCUCUAACGCAUCAUGAACACUACUUGGCAAAUAUGAUUCAAGCUGAAAAGCAGACAAGCAUAGUAUUGUCGUGUCUACUCAGGAUACUACUGCUCUACAAACAUGAUGCUCGCUACAAGAACUCACCUCGCUAUCUAAGAUUGUGGAUUACCUAUAUUUUCUAUCUUCGUACACCUCUCAUUUAUCCUACUUUAUUUGGUUUGAUAGAUAACAGAAUAGGCGAUAAGGUUGCUCUUCUCUAUGAAGCUAUUGCAUAUCAGCAAUUGAAAGAAGGACGAUACCGCGAUGUGGAGGCGACACUCAAACUAGGCAUCAGACGAAGGGCUUUUCCACUAGGCAAGCUGAAUCGCAUCUUGCAAGAAUACAAGUCGACUGGAUCACUGCACUUUGAUGUGAGCCAAUACACACUGGAUUCAUACCAAAUAUCGACUCAAAUCGAUCAACAUGAAGAGCAUGCAGCUAACGUGCUAAAUGUCAACCAGCCUUUGAGAUGCCAUUUGAAUUGGAUCAAUUUGAAAUUGCAACAUGCAACACGCGCAAAUGUACUUCGUCGAUGCUCCAAGCACCAUUCUUCCUAUGAGGAAUUGCGAGCCAAAACCUAUUACAAUGGUCUCAUUUACAACGCAAUCAACAUGGGUCAAUGUAUCAAAAAAGGGGGGAACAAUACCGUACGGGGUUUUACAUUUCAAUUGCAAAAGGAGACUCCUGCUGCUCUAUUCCCGCAUUAUAGUAGCAAGGUUAUUCCGGUCCAAGAAAAGGAGACGAAUGAUCAUCAGCAGGUGGUACAAUUGCCACACAAUCCUGGUUUUAUUGCACAUCAACUCAUGCUGAGUGGUGUACUUGACCGUGAGACUUACCACUUUCUAGACACAUCAAGUGCACAAGAUGAUAUUCUGGUCAAAUUAAAGACUUGGUUCCAUGGCAAGGCAUCCAGCAAGCUUGUUCAGAAAAAGCCCAUCAUGUUGGACAAGGACUCAUUUCACGUGGUGCGCCAACUAGGCCAAGGUGGUCUGGCUGAUGUCUAUUUAGUUCAACACACAGAAACCUCUGCCUAUUAUGGUCUCAAAGUACAACAGCCUGCUCAUCCUUGGGAAUAUUACAUACUCUGCCAGAUACACAGCCGAAAAUCAACUGAUAUCAAUGUACUGGACGUGUAUGAUUUCUACCACUACAGCGAUGCGAGCUUUCUGUUGAUGCAGCUGAUUCGAAACGGCACCUUGCUAGACGCUCUCAACUUGUAUCGUCUCUCCAAAUGCUGCAUGCCUGAAUCAAUUGUUGUUAUCAUCAUCACACACUUGCUGGAAGAGUUGAUCAAGUUACACCACAUUCAAAUUGCUCACAAUGACCUUAAAUUGGAUAAUAUCAUGCUAGUCUUUUCCUCUGUAGAAAGAAAUAUUGCUGAAUUCCCAAGGUUAAUGAUGAUAGACUUUGGUCAUUCCAUCAACGUGUCAGCAUUACCUCCGCAUAGUUUAUGUAAAGCAAACUGGCCACCAGCUUGUCCAAGAUCAGACUUUCCAAAGCUGAAUCAACCAUAUCCGCCAUUCCACGCAGACUAUUGGCAAUUAGCGGCUAUGGUACACCUGCUGUUGUACGGUACACCCAUGCUGACAAGUAAAACCAGCCGUGAACAGUACACAAUAUUACAGCCUAUUCGACGCUAUUGGCAAAAGGACGUUUGGACGGAUUUCUUCCAGACCUUACUGAACCCAACACUGAGCUCUGAACAUGUCAAACUGCAAGAUCUACUGGGCCGAUUUCAACAAGCUAGUCGAAAUGUACCUCGACACGAAAUCAACUCGUUCACAUCGAUGCUCCAGGAUAAAGUAUUUACUAAAUAG